AUGCCAUUCUACUGUUGCCCCAUCUGCAGAGGGAAGCGUGAGGCGCAUGCCCACGUGCGUAAACUUUUCCUAGUCGCCGAGCGACUCAUGUGGGAAGAAGGACUGGUGUCGAUGAGUGAGAAGCAUCGCAACGCAUACUUCAACAAGCAGGUCAACGACGAACUCGGCGUUUCAAAUGCCACUGUCAGUUACCAAGACUAUUUCCCUGGUGGGAGGCAUAGCCAGACCAACAGAUACUAUCCUUUCAACAACGAGCACGAGAUGGGGUUCGCUUUCAACGUUGUACCCACACAUGACAACUUGACAGAAGCUGUGUGGUCAUUGUGGAUUGGUUCACAGUUGGACAUGGAAAGAGGACUGGCCGAAAACAGAGUAGCAGGUACUCUUCUGCUCGGAGGGAACACAGGAGGAUGGACAGGACCAACCAACAUGGCAUCACAUGAUCAUUCGUCUGCUCAGCCGGACUAUCUUUCUGGACUACCCACGCCGCCAGUAUCUUCCAUGGAGGAGGCUAGACGCAUGAAUGCCCUCUUCAAUUCACCUGUACCGGCCGCACAACAGAGCCAGUUCACCGCCCACCCGGCAAAUUUACUCAGUCACAGCAAUCGGAUCAUCAGCUAUAGGAGUUUGCAGGACUUCUACUUCCUUCUCGACAGAAUCGAGAGAACAUCGUACGUUGCAGAGAUGUUCCUCGUAGCAUACGCUGCGAGGUUGAAGGUGGAUAAAUGCAUCAACUGCUGGCACAAUCAGAACGUCAGACUUGAUGGGCUCUGA